UGUGCGAGUGUUUGCUCUAUGGCCCGGCACAAGGUGGAGAGGUAGAGGUACAGACACAGACGCGCCUGUUGCAAAAUUCAUUCUUGCGCUCUCAUUCGUGACGAAAGGAUGUACGCCCGGCUGUAGCCCGUAUGAAUCUACAUCCGUACAUUCCUUGCGCAGGGCAAAGGCAGACAGUAACAUUCUCCACACACACACCCACAGCAACACAGUUGAAAAUGGCCAAGGAGCAAGAAUACGAGGAGCUGCGCGAGCUGCUGCAAUCAUGGGAUGUUGCCGAUCUCCUUCCACACUUGCAAGAUGAAGCCAUCAACGUGGACGAACUGCAGAUGAUUAAACGUCAUCACCUGGCUGAGCUUCUGAGCAACUUUCGGUUCGGGACCCGCAUACGCUUCGAGCAUCACCUGGAGCGCUGGCGGCGCUGGCUAAACGUUCCGCUCCAGGGUCUUCAGGGACAGAGUCAGACGCAUUGCCAGGGUUGUCGUUGCGCGGAGUCGGCAGCACCGUCCAUUAUCUGCCAACCCCAGAUAGGCGGGCAGUCGGACAGCGUCGGGGACAGUGGAAAGUCCGAUGAUCUGGCCAAGACACUGCCGUCCGAGCCACUCGUCUCACUUACCGAUCCCAGCGAGGCAGUACAAGCGACCUUCCACAUGCCCAUGCAGUCCCAGUUGGAGCCCAGCGAGAUCCUGAGUUCGACGCUUGUCACGAACGUGAAGGAGGAGGACAGCGGCGACCAAGUGCAGGGCGAGGAUCAUGUGGUUACUGUACUGGGCAUCCUGCAGGCUAGCGGAAUGAAAAGCCAGUCGCUGCUCGAACGCCUGGGCCAGCAGGAGGCUCUAGAUGCAGUACAACGGCUGCUGCUAAUCCAGCUGAUCUGCAGCUACUAUGAGGACAACCAGCUGCACCUGACGCUGCAACGUAGCCACCUUCUGGAGCGCGAGAUCCUGCAACUCUUCCCCAAGGAGCAGCUGCACUAUUACCGAACCGAACGCCGUGGCAAGAUCUAUGUGCGUUUCACCAACAUGAAACGCAACAAGAGAGUCAACUCUUCGCGUCAGGAACUGAAACGAAGGCGCGAGGAUCUGCUCAAGCCGCCGGCCCACGUUUACGCUACUGAUCUCGGUCCGAAGGGCGAGAACUUUACGGCCGACACUGCCUUCAGUCCCGAAAGAUCAGAUUGACAGCCCCAUAUUCCGCUCUAAGUUGAUUAUUUCUAAGCUAAAUGUAUCUCGUGUGUGAUACAGUGAGGGCUCUCUUGAGCGGACACUACUAGAUCAAGUUUAGCCAAGUGAUGGGAUGUGUUCAUCAUGUUUUGUACGUGACCGCCCAAAAGAGCUUUCCUUGUACAUAAUUAUUCCUGUGUAUAUGUAUGCCUGCUUUCUCUUCUGUAUGCUCUCUUAACUAUGUAGAGUAUUUGUGGGUCGACCCGAUCCCCGUUGACUGACGAAAAUAAAUCAAAACUGAUUUUGGACCUUCGCGAGUA